CAACACUGAAACUUAGAGGUUAUGGUUAGGUUAGGUUACGAUAAAAUAAACAUAAACAUUCAAUAAUUAUUCAUAAUAUUCAUCAUGGAGAUCAACAUCAAUGCUGAGAAAAUGUGAUUAUUAUCAUUAUCAUCAGAACCUUUUUCAACUAAUGAUUGCUCAGAUCCGAAAAAUGACAGAGGCUGAUAUCAAGCAAGGCUUGAGAAUUGUUUUGAACAAAAUCGAAGAAGCUUGUUCCAGAAGGACACCUGAAUUACAAGCAACAAAUCCACAAUUAGUUGCUGUGAGCAAAACAAAGCCUGUAAAUUUGAUUGUAGCAGCUUAUGAAGAAGGUCAAAGACACUUUGGGGAGAAUUAUGUCCAAGAACUAGAAGAGAAGGCUAAUAACUCCAUUAUACUUGAAAAAUGUUCAGAUAUUAAGUGGCAUUUCAUUGGUCAUCUUCAAUCAAAUAAGGUUAAUAAGGUGUUAUGUCUUCCGAAUAUUCAUAUGAUCCAGACAGUGGAUUCUCAAAAAUUGGCUGCAACACUGAACAAGAAUUGGCCAAAGUUCAGAUCAUCUGAUGCUAAACUCAAUAUUAUGAUACAAGUGAACACAAGUGAAGAAGAAGAAAAAAAUGGAAUUUCCCCUGACCAAGUCUGUGAUAUGACAAAAUUUGUGCUGAACGAAUGUAGCAACCUUCACCUAGCCGGCCUAAUGACCAUAGGAAGAUUCGGAUAUGAUCCAACAGAUGGCCCAAAUCCUGACUUCGUCACCUUGAAGCGCUGUAGGGAUGACGUUUGUCAAAGUCAAGGAGUCGACUGGAAAAAUAUAGGAUUGUCAAUGGGAAUGUCGGAUGAUUUCGAACAUGCGGUUGAGCUGGGUAGUACCAACGUUCGAGUUGGAUCAUCAAUAUUCGGUUACAGAGUGAAGAAGAAAUGAAUAUUUUCAAAAUAAUAGUUUAUCUUGAGAUUAUGACAUGUGAAUAUUGUUAUUGAUAUAUAAUUUUAUUUAAAUCGAGAAUAUUGUU